AUGGCCCAGUUUACCCCUGAACAAAGCCUUUAUAUUAGCACCAUAGAGGUGCUAAGCAAGGCAAACAGCGCGGAUCCUUCUGGUCUUGAUCCAUAUGUUCGUGAUGAAUCACCAGUGUCGCCGCUUGGGGAACCGUUCGCUUGGCCCUCCACGUCGACAGGCCCGGAUGACGAGCCGAACGAAAACAAAAAUUGUGGGAGCCCAUCGGAUUCGAAUCGAAGAAAUUCAUUUAUUUGUCGCAACUGUGGUUUCUACAACGGCAGAUCCAACAGAUCGAGCCCUAUUUCUUGCCCACCACCGAGCCCGCCUCCCCCUCCGCCGCCGCCCAAGUCACCGCCUCGACAGCUACGAUACUCGUACCUACAUCAACAGCUGCCACAACAAUACCAAGUGCAAGAAGGGCCCAGUCCACAGCAGUUACCGCCACAGCCGCAACCACAGACGCAGCCACAAAGGCAGUCAAGGUUUUACGCGAACCUGGCUCCCCGCACAGAACCGGCGCGGCAUUCCACAUACAUCCCCACCUACUCGGGAAGCACAUCGUAUCCCAACAUGGACGGCGAUGACCUAGCUUUGUUCUCGCAGUCAAUGCUACACCUGUUUUCUGGUGCGCAAAGCACUUCUGGGCGACCUGCCACAACGUCAUUUGAAACGUGCAAUCAGAGCCUUUGCAGCCCGCGAAAAUUGGUAAAACGUCGAAAGAAUGAGCGAGAUGGGGUUCCUCCUCAAGAAAAAAGGCAUUCGACUAGCUUUUUGGGUAGCUUCGCAAAAAUUUUCGGGACGCGGAGAAACACAGAGAACGGCAAGGAAGGUUGA